AUGUCCUACAAAUAUUCAGCCUCAUAUGGUGAUGUAAGGUCCCGAAAAGUAAAAACUGAUUAUAAAGACUCUGAUUCGAUAUAUAAUUCAGGAAAAUCUAAAAAUAAGGACAGAAGAUAUUCUCAGUCAUUCAUAAGUGUAGGCAAAAAGGAUUUGCGCAAUCUCGCGAUACUUAUAUUAGUUGCAUUCAUUGUGAGAUUAUAUCGAAUCGACCAACCUACUUCAGUGGUAUUCGAUGAAGUACAUUUUGGUGGGUUUGCAACAAAAUACAUAAGGGGAAGGUUUUUUAUGGAUGUACAUCCACCAUUAGCAAAGUUACUUAUCACGCUUGCUGGUUUAUUGGGAGGUUUCGAUGGAAGCUUUGAUUUUAAAGAAAUUGGCAAGGAUUAUUUGGAACCUAAAGUACCAUAUGUAGCAAUGCGUCUAAUGCCCGCUUCUCUGGGGAUUUUCCUAAUACCAAUUUCUUAUUUAACCAUUAAGUUAUCAGGAUUUAGUAGUGCUGCAUCAUUCUUAGUAGCUACCUUAAUAAUAUUUGAAAAUGGAUUGGUAACUCAAAGUAGGCAUAUUUUAUUGGACGCACCUCUUGUUGCUUUCACUGGUUUUACAAUAUUAAUGUGGGUGAAAUUUCAUAACGAACAAAGGAGACCUUUUCAAUUUCGUUGGUGGGUUUGGAUGGCAAUGACUGGUGUAGGACUCGGACUUACAGUGAGGUUUGAUUUAUGGGAUUUACUUGGUGAUUCAAGAAUAACGUUGAAUCAAUGGGCAAAACAUUUUUUCGCCCGAGCAAUAUGCUUAAUUGUGAUUCCAGUAUCAUUGUAUUGUUUAUUUUUUGCUAUACAUUUUGCAAUCUUACAACGUAGCGGUGAUGGAGAUGGAUUUAUGAGUUCUGAAUUUCAACAUACUUUGCAAGGACAUGGCAUGCAAGAUAUGCCAAUAGAUGUUGCAUUUGGUUCGCAGAUAUCUAUUAAACAUGUUAAUACACAUGGAGGAUAUUUACACUCUCAUAAGCACAAUUAUCCUGGAGGUAGCACACAACAACAGGUUACCUUAUAUCCACAUAAAGACGACAAUAAUUUCUGGGUUUUACAAAAUCAAACCGAUCCCGAAGUAUCAUUCAACGAAACUGUUCCUAAUUGGGUUCGUAACGGUGAUAUAAUUCGGCUUGAACAUAUCAUUACUUUCAAGAGGUUACAUAGUCACGAUGUAAGGCCUCCAGUUACUGAUGUAGAAUUUCAGAAUGAAGUCAGUGCUUAUGGUUAUCAAGGAUUUGAGGGAGAUGCAAAUGACUUUUGGCGUGUAGAGAUUGCAGAACAUGAUAAAUCAGAUCCGGAAUCUAAAGAGCGCCUUCGUACACUUCACACAAAAUUCCGACUUCAACACACUAUUACAGGUUGUUAUUUAUUUUCCCAUUCCGUAAAAUUGCCUGAUUGGGCUUAUGGUCAGCAAGAGGUUACGUGUGUAAAGGGCGGAAGUUAUCCGAAUACACUUUGGUAUAUUGAGGCAAAUUCGCAUCCAAAACUUCCGGAAGACUCUGAGAAAGUGAAUUAUAGGAGACCAGGAUUCUUUAGAAAGUUAAUUGAAAUUAAUAAA